AUGGCCGAGAUAUUCAUGCGAGGAAUCCCGUACAGCUCCGAUCACAUUCGCGUCAAGCGGGAGCUGGCCAAGGAGCUGCACAAGCAUCCGUUUACCAUGCACACGUCCUAUCCGAUCAACUUUUCCGUAUGGCUUUUCAAGGACAAAAGCGGACGCGGGCGGCCUCAUGGAGGCACGGGCACUCUCACGCUUCCAACUACCGCACUCGGCGAGGUCUUUCUGAAUCUAUUCGGGCCAGGAAGCGUGAGACCUGGGAUCUGGUUAGAUGGGAGGCAGGUUCUCUUCUCGCGCAGUAAUCGACCCCCGCGCGGCGAUGUCGUCGAAAGUAUCGCACACGUUCCAUACCAAGACCCCGCCGUUCUUGAGGCGCGACAGGUUCGGGAGGGCGAGUUCGCCAGCAAACGAGUCAACCUGCACUCCGUGCAAUUCGGCUGGGACUGCCGGGACGACGUGUUCUCGUCUGAAUGGGAAUACCAAGCGCCUACCGGCCUCCCCGCAUAUUUGAUGUUCAGCGACGAUCCGCGGGAGCUUCGGGUUCACCUUGAACAAGACGGAUCUACUCUGAUGAUCGCCAUUCGCGUCCCUAGCAUUCUCGCCAUAUCUGCUCAUACUCUCGAUAGGCCGACACGAGAGCACGCUGUAUGGGUGCAACUGGCCACAGCGCCUCACUAUGAGCGGCAGACGAAGCCGGUGGAUCCCGACGAUGACCCCGGAUCCAUGUCGUCGAUGAUUGCAGCCAUCUUUACUAUGCUAGAUAAACCGGAACCUCGCCAGCGCCUUUCGUGCUUGCCUUUCGCCAAUCACAAUCGAGUUGUGGCCUUCACUUCACACGCUCUACGCCUUGUUCUUCGGUCCCAAGACGACCUCCAGACCUUUUGGGACCUGGCCGAAACUGCAGAGCUCCCCAAGUUAGGAGACUAUCCAAUCCCAGUUGAGGAGCGCGGCUUAUUCUCCGUUGGCGCUCUCGACCUCGUGAGCGCGUGGCAGCGACGUUUAAGCCUCGGAAUCGCUUUCCAAGUAGAGGGCAUCAUGCGCGCACUUCUCCUCGACGCGAGGGAGGUUCUCGCGGUCAGGCCACUGCUACAAGGCAUCAUCGCACGUCGCGGAGUGCCAUAUACUGUUGCGUUCUUGAAGUACUUUCGACUGCGACUGUGCACAUGGUGGUCUGAUUGGGAGUUCGAGAGCUCGAACUUUGACAUUCGCGACUUCUUUGGCCAAGUGCGGAACGCCUUCGAGCAGCAGACGGCGCUUCCCGUACUCGACCCCCGAGACACAGAUGUCGUGCAGACGAUGCACGUCGUGAUAACGCCCACGAGCAUGGCCUUGGACGGUCCGUUCCCAGAACUCUCGAACCGCGUCCUGAGGACAUAUCCUCGCGAACAUCACGAAUGCUUCCUCCGGGUCACGUUCGCAGAGGAGGGUCGCGUUCCGUACCGUUGGGACCGGAACGUUGACGGCAGGAGGUUCGUCGACAUGCGCGUGGGUACGAUUCUUCGGCAGGGGUUGGCGAUCGGCGGUCAUCGCUUUGACUUCCUAGCGUAUUCAAUGUCUGCCCUUAGGGAGCGCUCGGUUUGGUUCUUGAAACCCUUCACAUACACUGGUCAAGAUGGCCAAACUGUCAGAGUGGAUGCACCAACAAUUGUCGCAGGAUUGGGCACAUUUCCAUACGAGACCCUUCGAUGCCCCGCUCGCUACGCUGCUCGUCUGUCUCAGGCUUUCACUGCCACGAAUCAAAUCCGCGUAGAGCUGGCUGAGUCGCAAGUCUUGCGCCGAGAAGACAUAUGGACACCCGACGGUCUUUACUGCUACACGGAUGGUGUCGGUACCAUCUCUUUGGAGCUGGCGCGGAGGAUUUGGGCAUACAUGAACAGCACGAGGAAACGCGCUCGCCGUUCCCAGGGUACACCUCGCGCGUAUCAGAUACGCUUCCAGGGCGCAAAGGGCAUGCUCAGUGUUGACUAUAGACUCCAAGGCUCCCUUAUCACCAUACCGCCUUCCAUGACGAAGUUCGAAGCGCCAGGACGCUUCAUCGAGAUCGCACAAGCGUUCACCACACCGUUCCCCUAUACCUUCAACCGGCCGCUAAUCAUGCUCUUGGAGGGACUCGGCGUGCCCUAUGAAGUGUUCGAGCGCUACCAAGACGCCGCCGUACAAGACGUGAACGACUCAUCCCUGACCAUCGCCGGUGCGGGCCGACUGUUCGAAAAGUUUGGUCUGGGCGCCAGCUUCCGUAUGCCGUCUGUCCUGAACAGCCUCGCCAAGCUCGAUGGACUUACGAAUAACGGCUCACGUCCAUUCUUCGAGAAGAUCUUGCAUUGUGCAAAGAACCACAUCCUACGUGAUCUGAAGAACUACGCGCGAAUACCCGUACCUGGUGCAUGGACCCUUGGCGUUGCGGAUAUGCAUGGCGAGCUGGGACCAAACGAGGUGUACGCUUGUAUACGGAAGGAUGGGCAGACAGUCUACCUCGAAGGAGACGUUAUGAUCUCUCGUUCGCCUACCAGCCACCCUGGUGACGUGCAGAUCGCGCAUGCGAUUGGGGCUCCUCAGCCUCAUAGCUCGUUCUACCACGAGCGGUUGCCCAACAUGAUCGUAUUCUCUGUCUGCGGAGAACGCCCGCUGCCGUCAUGCCUGGGAGGCGGGGAUCUUGAUGGGGAUAUCUACGAUUGUGUACCGCUCCAGACCUGCCCCGACCUUCGUCCGCGCCGCUUGCAUGAGCCAGCGUCUUACACUCCCGUGCAGAAGAAGAUGCUCAACAGGCCGAGUACAAUGAACGAUGUUGCAGACUUUGUGGUUGACUACAUCAACUCAGACGUCGUAGGACUAGUGGCGACACAAUGGCUUAUGAUCGCAGACCAGAGCGAGGAAGGCAUCUUUGAUCCCGAUUGCCUGACGCUAUCGCAACUUCAUAGCGAUGCAGUAGACUUCCCAAAGUCCGGUACAGCCGUGCAAGUCGACAGGAUACCGAGGCUGAAGUUUAAGGAGAAGCCCGACUGGAGUGCUGCUGAGACGAUCAAUCUCGAGAACUCAACGGCCUACUACGAGAGUCAGCGCGCGAUUGGCAAGCUCUUCCGGAGGAUAGAGCUAGCAGAUGGAAAGUCCAAGCGUGAGAACCGACGGCAGCGCGAGCGCGUCCGCCGUACACGCGCCCAGCGAGUCGAGGAUUUGACGGACGCUUUGGCUGGUAUGACCCUCGGUGGCACAAGCGAUGAAGUGGCGGCAGCCAUCGAACAUCGCGUUCAUGAGUUCAUCGAUCUGCGCGCCGAAGCGCCGCGAGAGGUUCGCGAACAUGUUGCGCGGCUAUUCGAGAGUUACGCCUCGGAGUUACAGAGCAUCUGUGCGACCCAGGUCAUCUCGCAUCGGCGCAACUCUAUGUUAUCUGAGGAAGAGGCCAUCGCGGGAACAGUCAUGGAGAAGACGGCGAUCAAGACGAAGCGUAAGGAGGUUCUCGGAAAGCUGCGCGAGCACACCGAUCACCUCGUACGCGGCACCCGCGUCGAACUGGAUGCCAAAGAGGAUGAGCCGUUGGAUGUUGCGCUGAGACGGAGCUGGGUUGCUUGGACGCUAUCGGUCAAGAAGAAGAAGCUCUUCGGCGCGCAGAGCUUCGGGAUCAUCGCGCUCGGGUCGAUUUUUGAGACGAUCAAGGAGAUCGAGGCGGCACAGUCUGACGAGGAAUAG